AACGUUGGUGUCGAUCCGGGAGAGAGUGGCUGUCAAGGCGGCCAUUUGUUCCAACAGAGAUUGGGAUCUUGAAGACGCUUCCCGAGAUUGAUGGCAUGGACGAGGUUGUGGGAAGGGAGCUUCUUCAUUGCUAGGGUGGAAGGACGACUCAUCGAUUUCCCAAUGCUUCGUCCCCUUUUAUUUUCGCCCGACAUCGGUCAUGAUGUUGUAUUCAUCAAGAAUGGACAUGACGAGAAGAGCAUAGGGGGGCGGCUUGUCAUCCGAGGUUGCACCAAACAUGUGUGUCAUCACAAAUUUACAAAAAUUGAUGUUGGCGUUAUGAAUCAUCGCAUGAAGCGUCUUGGUGUCCUCUGUGCAGAGAGAAGUGUGGUUGUACUACCUUGGCUUGAGAAUCCGUGUCAAAACAUAGAAAAUGAAUCAAAACACGGGAUUCAUGGAAGUAAUUGUGGGACGGCGAUGUUGGGGUGUGGGAGUGAAGUUCCGGAUUCCAACUUCCUCCAAAAGAGCGGUUUCGUUGAAACACGCCCCUUCUUUGCCCAUGUAGUGGCUAAGAUCAUCCCCAUCGCUACGAAGCCCGGUGAGGAUUUGCAUAUUCUCCUCGCUCAAGUAAAUGUCGACACCGUUGACAUUCAAAAUGAGCGCCCCAUCUUCAUCCUUUUUCAAGUUCAAGUAGAAGGCUCGAACGAGAAAGGGUUGAUUGUGACCCUUUUUGAUGUAGAGGAAGUCGAGGAAGUUUUCCCAGGAGAGAAUGCUCUGUACAACUCGAGGAACAACCCCGUGAAGGAAGCACCCAGUGGAGAAACGGGGAGGAAGAAUCUCCCGGUGCUCGAACUUCUCGGUGAACCGAGUCGUCUCUACACGGUUGUUAAACCAUAAGAACAUCCCGUCAAGAUACUUGUUUGUCGGUGGCGGUGGAGGAGCCCAGGAGGAUGCAACGUCUUUUCUGGUGUGGGAA